AAAGUUAAAAAUUGCGAUGUCACCGACCGAUAGCGCCAUCUAUUUUUCGCACAAUGCGUUGUCUAGCUUUGUUGGAAAGGCAUGAAUGAAGUGCCGCAGUAUUUAUACGGAACCUCUUCAGAAGUGCUGUUUUAAAUUCGUAGAUAUCAAAUAAUACUGCCAGACAGCCGUAGUCUUGAAAUUACAGAGGUCUAUCUAAAGAAGAACAUUCUUCAAUCAAUAAAACAAUUGUUCGGCGAAGAAGGAACCACGGGUACCAUAGAUAUCCUAAAAUUUGAUUCAAAGGAACACAGAUGUGUUCUAAGGUGCACUGAUGAUUGUUAUGUACGUCUUCGGGCAGCUUUAGUCGUAGCUGGAAAAUACGAAGGGCAUACUUGCAUCUAUGCUAUUCAUCGUGCUUCGGCAAAUUUAUUAUCAUUUAGUGCAAAUAGUCGGAAUUAUCAACAUUAAAGUACAAAGAUUUAGAACAAAUUGAAUUUGGAAAAACUCAACAUUAUAUAUUUCUAUUUUCUUUUUUAAAGAACAAGUUCAUAUCUUUGCCUUUUGCAGUUUUAUGAAUUAGUUAAUAAUGCCAUUCAUCCACAAAGAAGGUAAAGAUACUAUAAUCUUUGCUACAAAGGAAGAUCAUGCAACGCCUAGUAAAAUAGAACUUCCAGAACCAGAACCAAGUCCUGGUCUCUUAUUAUCCAGCGGAGAAAUUAAUUGGAAUUGCCCAUGUUUGGGAGGUAUGGCUACUGGACCAUGUGGUUUGGAAUUCCGUGAGGCCUUUUCUUGUUUCCAUUACUCAACUGCAGAACCGAAAGGUUCAGACUGUUACAAUGCAUUUAAAACCAUGCAAACAUGCAUGGUAGAAUAUCCAGCAUUAUAUGGAAAGAGAGGAGGAUCUUUGGAGGAUUUGGAAGAUGGCGAAGAUCCAAUGGACGAGCAUAAAAAAAAUUUAGAGGUCGAUAACAAAGAUUCUCACUUAGAAUCAAAAGUAAAAGAGUUACCCCAUACAUCCAGUAUUGGAACGGGAAUAGAACAAUCUAAUGUUAAGUGAAGAUUUGUUGCCAGUGAAUAAAUAAUUAAUGUAUUUGCGUAGCAUAGUGAGAGUAAAUUUUCACCAAGACUUAAUGAAAGAAGAUCUCUGAUAAUUUUAUAAAAAAUAGGUUGUGUAAGAAAGCAUUCUUGUACAAAAUAAAGUACUCCUAAAUGCUGCUUUUUA